AUGAUUGCAUGCGUGUCAGAUAUGCAGCAAGUGGGAAAUGUGGAUCCUGGACCGACGGUUGGUACACAGUUGACGCGGCAGCCGGUUCAUCGAUCCACGCUGCUUUGGGAGACGCCAGCCGGUCAGGUAGUGCCAGGCGUGCUAAAUUGUAGACGCCGAAGUUGCAAGUUACCCGAGCAUGGGCUUGACCCACGGAUUGCUCGGUACAUAACUGAGGCGGGUUUUGAAGAGUUAUUCAAGGUCCCAAACUUGGAAGUGGAUCAUGCGUUGAUCACAGCACUAGUUGAGCGUUGGCGUCCGGAGACGCACACAUUCCACCUACCGCAUGGAGAGAUGAGCAUCACCUUACAAGAUAUUGAGGUGAUGCUAGGGGUUCCUGUUGAUGGGUUGCCAAUUACUGGGGCUGUGAAGAUGGAUUGGCCUACGUUGUGUCUUGAGUUAUUGGGUCAUCGUCCACCAGACCCGAUACCGCAUCCCCAUGAGAACACCUCUAUCCUUGCUGGGGCAAGGCUCAGAUUCACGUGGCUGGAUGCACUAUUUAGUGGGCCCUUAGCUGCGGAUGCUACUGAUGAGGUAGUGCAGCAACAUGCGCGCUAUCACAUACUCGAUCGGUUGGGGACGAUUUUGUUUAUGGAUAAGUCAGCAGACCGGGUGUCGGUGCUGCCUCUACAGUUCCUAAACCCAAUCAGCAACGCGAAGAGGUACAGUUGGGGUAGUGGGGCAUUAGCCUGGUUGUGCAGGCACUUAUGCAAGGCAUCGGAGUCAAAGGCGAAGCAGAUUGGUGGAGCAGUGAUGUUGGUGCAGUUGUGGGCAUAUUCGAGGUUCCAAUUGAUAUGCCCUGUUAUGAGGUUGCCACUACCGCCAGUGGAGGCAGGUCCUCUUGCCAAUCGAUUGAAGGGGCCGAAGAGCAUGACAGAGCAUGCGACACAUGUGCUAGUUGCGUAUCGUGCGUCACUGUCGAGUAUACGGGCACACCAGGUUGUCUGGGAGCCCUACAGCGAUGUCCUAGAGUUGUUGCCCCCAUAUUGCAUUGCCGGCCGACAAAUAUGGAGGGCCGAUGUGCCAUUGAUCUAUUUUUGGAUAGUAGAGGAUCAUCAUCCCGAACGUGUCUUUCGUCAGUUCGGGAUGAAGCAAGUGCCACCGGAUAUUGUAGAUACGUCCGUUCAUCUCCACAAAAUCUCCCUCCAAGGUAAACUAGAUAAGGAUUGGGUGCAAGAGCAUGCUGUCUACAUUGACCGAUGGGCCCAUAGAGAGGAACAUAUUGCUGAUGCACCGGCAUUGGAUGGGGACACGACAUACCUUGCUGCUUACAUGGAGUCGUACCGAAAGACGAUGAGACGGUACAUUACACGCGACUCGGCGUAUUGGGAAAUAAUGGUUGAGUCCACUGUGGAAUUACUAUUGCAAUGCAAACCAAACUCCGCAGUGUACAACCACCUGAAGAGGACGCUGGAUCUUGUCGAAGAGAUGAGCCGAGUGGCAUUGGAGAAUGCGAGUGCCACGGUGACUGAGGCAAGCACACAGGCCACAGGCCGUGGUGGGGGAGGUCGUGGGUCUAGAGGGCGAGGACACAGUGGAGGUCGUGCAUACAGUGGAGGUCGUGGAGGUGGUCACGAGGAUGACGAUGUCUUGGAUGAUGAGGCGUUGGAGGGCGACUGGGGCAUGUACAUGGAUGGUGUCGGGUCAUCGCGAUGCACGUCUGACGCUGCUGCCCAGCCAUCCCACCCCCCUGGCCAUGAGAAUAGUGCAAAACACACAUCCUGUGCCCAAGCUGGCCCUCGGUCCCCACCACCCACUCGACUGUCUCCCCCAUUGUUUGCCGACUCUGCCCACGACGGUGGCUAUAUAUUUGUACCCACCCCUGGCCGACCGACACCACCUGUAGUUCAAGCUGAGCCCACCCAGGACCCUUCACUUCCUAACCCUGACGAACCGGCUGCACAGAUCGAACAGAUACAGGGUAAGACGAGACCGGCGAAGGCAAUUGUGAGGAAACGAAAAGAUCGUUGAGCCGUUGAUGAUGUGGAGCUUAUGGGGGUAAAACCUUGCCCAAUAUCUGGACUUUUUAAUUUAUUUUAGUUUUUGAGGUUCAAUUUCGAUAAUUACAAUUCACAACCAAAAAAAAAAAAAAAGAGAAA